AUGCGAUUGCAGCAGCAGCGAGUGUCCGUGGAGCUGGACUUCACGCGUCGGUGCCUGAAGGGCGUCAGCAUUUUCCAGCUGGAGUUUCCGAGCAGUGAGCCUGGCUCGCUGAGUAUUCAGCUGCCUCCCCACAGCCAGAAAGAGAGGAUCAGUUUCCGCAGCAGCUGGAAGCGAAACGAGACCUUACCGCCACGCCGCCACUCCUCGUGGCUAGCCCUGCGGAAUCGAGGUGACCGAGCGCCGCAAGAGGCGCGGCGUGUCCCGAAAGCGCAACAUCACACGGGAUCAGAGAGUCCCACCACAGAGGCGGAGUCAGAGAGCGAGCACGAAGGCGACGACAGACUUGUCGUAGACCGAGACAAGAAUGUGAUGAUACUUGAUGGGCGUGCUAUGGAAGCACUUUACGAUCUGACUGCUCGAAGCAGAGAGAAGCAUGGAUCGUCGAGCGCGCUGGAGCUGGCGGUGGCCUGGAGCCAGGACAGUCAUUGGCUCCGGCCAGAGAUGUCCUGCAACCAUUUCAUAGUGCUGCCUGUGCAUCCUCGCGAUGCAGGCGGCUUCAGCGACGGGAUCGGCGGCAGGUUGCAAUUUGAGACCAGCGCCGACAUGGAGUUCUUCGUUGCAGGCCACAUGCCCGACUGCUGCUGGUUCCCAACACUCAGCGGACAGGGGCGGUGCCCCUUCGAGCUGGAGGUCCACGUGACUCCGGGCUUCGCGGCCGCCACGGCCGGGCGGGUGGUGGCGACCAUCUCUCGGCCGAAGUGGUUGACCUUUCGGUUUCAGGAGACUUCUCCUUUGGCGCCUGCGAACGUGCCCCUCGUUGCAGGACCCUUGGACGAGGUGGAAGAAAGAGGUCUGCGAGUGCUGGCACCCCGAGGCUUUGCGAAAUUGCUGCCGGAGGCCAAGGCGCAGCUGUUGGAGGAGCGAGGCGCAUUGACGCUGCUGCUCAAUCGCCCAUGGCCGCUCUCAGCCUGCACCGCCGUGUUCCUGCCGCUGCCAAGUUUGCGCCCCGCCCGUCCCUUGGGCCUCACGAGAAGCGAGCGAGAUGGCGCCCGACUGCACGGCUCCAGCUUGCCAUCCUACAGCACCCACGGGGGCCUGUAUCUCUUCGAGCUCUCCUUGCUUGGCAGUACUUGUCCAAGUAUGAUGUCCACGGUGGUGCGACCUCUCCACUGCUAUGCGCUUGCCUCCUCAUGGUUCGGCGCCGUGGAGGAGGAAGACCUGUGGCUCCUCCACGGGCUGUGCCGCUUUCUGGCGGACAGCUGCCUGCUGCGUCUUUGGCCCAAGAGCCUCGCGGAGGCGGAAGUGUCUGCGCGAUUGCACGACGACGGUCAGCUUUGGCAGAGCAUGGUGAGCGAAGGCAGAGAUGUCCAGAUUCUGUGUUCCGCCAACGAGUCCGAGAUUAGAGGCCCCGCGGCCACGGUCUUGGGACCGGUGAGGGAGGUGAAGUCCUACCUCGUCAUCCACGAGCUUUGCAGGUGGCUGGGAUGGCAGAGUUUCCACGACUCCUUGGCCAUGGCGACAGAUGUCUUCGCCCAAGGGGGGAAGACCGAGAAGUUCCUCGAGCUUUUGGCAGGCGAGAACCUGAAGCAGAGGAUGCAAGAGUUCGCCUCGCAGUGGAUCUAUGGCUUGGGCGCUCCGGUGGUGCAGAUCGGCUGGUUCUACACCCGCAGCCCCGGGCGGCUGGAGCUCAUGGUCUCCCAGGCGCCCUUGGAGCCUUUGGCCUUUGAGGAGCAACUGGACCUGGGUGAGGUCACGCGACAGACCAACAAUCAAGGCUUUGGUUUCGGCUACGACCAGGCCGGGGGUGCCGCAGCGCAUGUGUACAACAGCCUGAAGGACAAGUAUGGCCGUGCAGAGGAGGAGACAAUGCCUGAGGUGCAGUGGAAGUAUUGGACGGGCACCGUGGUGCUGGACGUGCACACUGUGGCUGGAGCUUCGCGGGUGCAGCUGGAGCUUCGCAGCGCUGAGCCAGUUCGCGCUUUGGCUCCUCUGCCGGAUCUGCCGGAGAACCAGGAGCUGGCGCUUUGUUUGGUGGUCCCGGGGCUGCAGCGCUGGCACCUGGCGCGGAUGCAGUUCGACCAGCCUGUGGAGUGCUGGCAAAGAGUACUAGAAAAAUCUUCGGACCCAGCUGCAGAAGCAGAAGCUGCAAAGGUCUUGGGCCAUCUAGCGAGCUCCGGGCAAUUGCCGCCGCUGCUCCAUGAGCGCGUGGCGCAGGUGCUCGGCAGACCUUUGUCAGAGCCUGGUUGGCAUGAGAUGCCCUGCGUGGCCUGUGCAGAGGUGCUGUGCCACUGGGGUGUCCAGCGCCCCAAGGGCGAGUCGUUUCGGAACCAGAUCCUGAGGCCUGUGCGAGAGCUCCUCACAGACUUGAAAUGGCAGGAUGACAUAGGCCUGCAGCGAGUACGAUACGAGGUGUCCAGGAGCUUCAGCCAGAUGCCAAGGGCUUUGGAGUUCUGGCCCAUCUUCAUGCCCUACUGCGCCGGUCUCAAGAACGGCCCAGAGGAUCCGCUCGCGUUGGCGGCCAUGGACGUCCUGUUGCUUGCACCCAACCAGCACUACGCCAUGAUGGAAGUGUUGGACACGCUACACCACAGACUCCAAAUGGAAGUGGUCUUCCCGUCCGAAAACCACCGCCUGGCGGCCGCCUGUCUCCGGUGCCUCGCCAAGCUGCCGAGAGCGGCACGCACGGACAUUUCCUUCGACAGCUUCUUGGCUGCGGGGCCUUCCGCCGGCGUCCCCGGCCCCGCGCGCAGAGCCUGGGCGCAGGCCUAUGCUGUGGGGUCCGCGCCCAGCAGCUUGCAGUCUUGCAACUCCAACACCGGCUUCAAGUGGAGCCGAGCGGUGCGCCGGGAAGCGUGCAUAGCUUCAUGCAGAGGCAGCGGCCCAGCGGUGAAGGCGCUCUCCAGGGUGCUCGCGCAAGGCGACACCGAGGACCUGGCAGAUCAGAGCGAAGGAGCACUUCUGCAACAUGCCGUGUGGACGGCAGAGGCACUUCUGACGCCACUCUCCGAGGAGGAGAUGGGCGUGGAAACCGAGGCGACGCUCCAGGACCUAUCCAAGGCAUGGCCACCGCUUGCUGCCGCUCUCACGGCUGCCAAGGCGUUGCAGACACGUGAGAUGGAGCUUGGUGCCUUCCAGGACAAGGUGAUGAGAGAGGGCGAUGAGCCGGUGCUGUGGAGGACACCAGGCCUCUAUUCGAAGCCUCCGCGCCAAGCCAAAGACAUUCAUGCAGUAGUGGCAGCCAGACGUUCUCCCAGUGCAAAGGCGCAGGCGAAAGCGAAGAGAGCAGGCAGGCUCCGCCUGAAACGCAAGGCAGAAUGA